GAACGAAAGUAUAAUUCCUAUCUUAUAAAAUAACACUGUUCAAAAACAUUAAGUAUUGUCCAAUAUCAUUUUUGGUUAUCUUUGUUUUAAAAACUUAUGUAGAAGAGUUGAAUGCAUUAUCAAAGCUGAAAUGGCAUGUUGGAUAAUGGCCAUACAUUCGUAAUGACAAUGAUUUAUAAGACUGCAUAACGUCAUUACCAAAAGACCAUGAUGAAAAACCCAAAUCGGAUAAGUAUACUUUUUCUUUUCCAUACACAAAAUGAUGAAACAUAGAUUUUGUAUUAGAUUUAAUAUUCGCUGACCAAUGAACUUAAGACGAAGGAAAUUGGUUUUUUAUCUGUGACUGUAGCGUAUACAAAUAGAGGAAGUAAGAGUUGUUUCAAUGCGUGAGUCUGUCAAAGCAAUAGUUAUAAUUUCAAAAUUUAGUUAACUCAGUAUUAUUUUGUUUUCAUUUUAGAAACAAUAUGUCGUUCUUGCGAGGGUCUGCCAACUAUGUAUGGUGCACCACAAGUGUUUUAGGAAAGGGUGCCACUGGUGCAGUUUAUCAGGGUGUAAAUAAAAACAAUGGUGAACCAGUUGCUGUUAAAACAUUUAAUCAACUGAGUCACAUGAGACCUCAUGACGUACAGGUACGCGAGUUUGAAGUGCUGAAAAAAGUUAAUCAUGAAAAUAUUGUUAAACUUCUUGCUAUUGAGGAAGAACAAGAUGGUAGGGGCAAAGUCAUAGUUAUGGAACUUUGCACAGGUGGAAGUCUCUUUAACAUCUUGGAUGAUCCAGAAAAUACGUACGGCUUGCAGGAAGAAGAAUUCCUGCUUGUUCUGGAACAUCUUUCUGCUGGAAUGAAGCACUUACGAGAUAACAGACUUGUGCAUCGAGACCUGAAGCCUGGUAAUAUAAUGAAGUUUAUUACUGAUGAUGGAAGUACUGUUUAUAAGCUGACUGACUUUGGAGCUGCCAGAGAGCUGGAGGAAGAUCAACAGUUCAUGUCACUGUAUGGAACAGAAGAAUAUCUGCAUCCAGACAUGUAUGAGCGAGCUGUGCUUCGCAAACCUGUGGGAAAGACAUUUGGAGCAACGGUUGAUUUGUGGUCAAUAGGUGUUACUCUGUACCACGUUGCAACAGGUAACCUACCAUUUCGACCUUUUGGAGGUAGGCGGAACAAGGAAACUAUGUAUUAUAUUACUACAAAGAAGGAGUCUGGAGUAAUUUCUGGUUUACAGACAAGUGAGAAUGGAAAAAUAGAAUGGUCCAAGGACUUACCGCACAAUUGUCAACUGAGUGUUGGUCUGAAGAAGUUGGUUACACCCCUUCUGGCAGGUCUGCUGGAAGUGGACCCUCAGAGAAUUUGGAAUUUUGAAAGGUUCUUUAAGGAAGUUACCUAUAUACUAUCCUGCAAACUUAUUCACAUAUUUUACAUGAACAGAGUACAAAGUAUCAGAGUAUACUUGCCUCCUGAGCGGACGUCUGGAGAGUCCCUCCCAACCGAGCGAGCGUGCGCAGAUCUCUACUUCCCUGAAAGAACAUAUGGAAAGCUGCAGAGCCUGGUGCAGGAGCAAACCGAUGUUGCUCCAGCUAAUCAGAUUCUGCUGUACCAGGAGUCGCUGUUGCUGCCAUUUAUUGAAGAUUCAACUGCUGGUCAGUCAUACCCCUUGACUCAGGAUGACAAACCCCUGAUGCUGUUCAGUAAGGAAAACAAUAAUGUUACAUUGGCUGCAGAAGGGGACAUACCCAUUUAUCCCAGUUUUCCUACCCAUAUGUCAAUAGAGACGGAUGCAAGCUUAGCCAAGACAUGUUGUAGCGUGGGGCAUGCCUGCAAGAGACAAGUGGAGAAGCUGUCACGAUGCAGCCUCCUUAUUCAUGCCUGUGUGGAGCAGUUCACUGCAUUGGUCAUCAAGGAUCUGAAAAAUGUGGAAGCCAAAUGCAGGAAACUGCGCAACUUUACUCAUUGUGUUGAGGACACUGUAGAAACAAUGGUACGUGCUCAUAAUGUGAUACAGGACCUGAUGAAGAUCCUGGGUAAUGGCGAGUGUGGAAGCCAUUGUGACCCGACCGUCCCGAGUCGUGAACUGGUCAAUGUACUUGUUCCCGCCAUCCACCAGCUUCACCAACAAUAUGUCACCAAGCACGCCCUGCGGAAUGAAUGGUCUGUCACUACGCGUGAUCUGCCUUGCCCUGCCAAGACCCGCGCUCCUGCCCGUGCCCGCACCAUGGCGGAUCGUUUGCGUGAUUCCUGGCAGCAUCUGUUGCGUGACCGAGCCACCCGGAACCUCACCUACAAUGAUGAGCAGUUCCACGUUCUGGAGAGGAUCAAGAUCAGUGACACUGGGCAGUGUUUACGUCAGCUUUUGGACAAAGAAUGCCAGCCAGCCAUCGCACAGCUUGCUGACGCCUUGGCAGAUUGGUAUAAGAUGGCACAGACGGUUUAUCUUCGAGCACAUAUACUUGACAAGGAUAUGGAUGCAUAUGAGAACCGUAUGGAAGCAUUUUCUGAACGCUUGGCUGGGAGCGACUGUUCUUUCUAUCAGAAACUGCAGGCCACUCUGGAUGGGAAAACUAGACCUGCCCCUGUGAAACAGAUGCACAAGGUGCAUCAGGACGUGAAGGUAAUCCACAAUAGCUUCAAGGACAUCAUGGCUGUGCAGGGGGAAGUGAUGUCCAUGGUGAAGGAGAACUCGCAGAUCCUGACACAGUUCCAUCAGCUGACGGGGUCUCUUGUUGUUGACGGUGAUAACAACGGAGAGGAGAAGUUAUGAAUGACAUUUGUUGCAUGUUUGGGUUUGGCAAGGGACGAGUGCCGUGCUGAAAGAACGGCUGGACAGUUGUGUCAGGCAGAGACUUUAUCAUUUAAGAAUUCAGAUUCCCACCAGGAUCAAAUCAAAUAACUGUAUUAUUACUGUUAAAAACAGCUGAUUAUGAUAAUCAGGUAAAGACAUAAGGCUGAAGGCAGUGACAAUAAUUGUUUUUACAAUAUUAAUGGCCAGUGAAUAGACAAAGUAGAGACUGCGAGGCUCAUUAUAGCUCAUCAGAUUUUACGUGGUCCACAAAAUUAUCAGAAGUUUUGGUAAUUGUAUCAGGAACCGUAUUGAAAAACUGCACAAAUAAUUGGUAUAGUAAGUUGAUUAUGUGAAAUUGUUGUAAUAAAGCCUCAAGUCUCAUAAAUUACAGUAUUUACAUAUAAUGGGGGGGACUCAUAUUUUAAUUCCCAUUAUAUUUUGGUUAUAUAUUAAUUACUGUUUAUGGAUUUAUAGUUGUUUCUCAAUACUACAGUAUUAAUAAUAUCUAAACAUCAA